CGAAUGUGACUCAAAUUUUGUAUUGUUUAAAGCUGUGUGAGUCAUCGGUGCUUCACAAAUGGAUCAAUUUAUAUGGUUAAAAUUAUUUCUACAUUCAGAAAGUUGUUCGUAUUCUUGGUUUCGGCUUCUGGAAGCUUUUUUUCAUAGAUUAUUAUCUGAUUUUAAUAUAGAUUUUGCUGCAAUAAGUAAUCAUUAUUUAUGAAGUAAAACAACGAAGUUAUAAUUAAAUGGGAUUGUGUUGUUUAUUGAAAGAAUACAAGACUAGCGAUAUUUUUUAAGAUGUUUACACAUUCACUAAGUUAUUUAUUUUUGGCAUCAAACUGGCCGCCCAAAUCCGAUGCUCAAACAAAAUUGUUGGAGGAUGAUGAACUCGAUGGUGCAGUGACAUUUUAUAUUCUUCAUUCUCUAGAACCUAGUGAUGUUGCUCCUGUUUAUGUUCCAAGGGGAACAGUUACUAUUCAUUCAUUACGAAAUGAUCCUGUUUACUCGAUUCAGGGAAGCUCAUUAUCCAUUCCUGAAAUUGAACAAUUAAAAAAACUUGCAGUAGAAGAUGAUAUAUAUAGAGUAAAAAUUUCAUUUAAACCAGAUGACCUGGAUAAGAAAGCUGUAUCUUCAUUUACAAAAGCUUGUUCUAUUUAUGAAUCUGGCCUGACUGAUAUUAUCACAAUUGCUGUAGAUCAAAGUGGGUUACCAGUUGGGGUAUCCAUAUCAGCAUCACCACCUUACUGCAUAGGAGCAGAUAUCUCUGAUCCUAAAUUAAAUACUUUUAAUACUACAGUCAACUUUGUUUCACUUGUCAAUGGCCCAGCACCUGAUACAUUAACUUACAUUCAAAGAUUAGAACAAGAGAAGGCAGAAAAGGCGAGGGGGGAACAAGGUGACAAUAGAUCAUUUUUUGCCAAAUAUUGGAUGUACAUUGUACCUUUUCUGAUAUUCUUAUUCAUAUCUGGGGCAACUGGACCAGAAGCACAAGGCGGUGGACGUUGAAUACAGUGUAAAAAAUUCCAUUUAUUGAAAUUUAUCGAUUCAUUUUAACCACCUAAUUUGAAAAUCUAUCAUCAGUCGAGAGUUAGACCAAACAUAUUCUUUAUCAGGAUGUAUUUUAUUAUUAAUCAUAUCAAAAUUUAAUUUUUCUUAAUUUAAUUAAGGUACAUCUUGUUGCAUAUAUUAAAAAAAAAAGCCUUGUUAAAAAUAAAGAAAUAUUCAACUGGC